AUGAGUCAGUCGAGAAACGCGUCGAUUUCGUUCAUAAAUUCCUCAGAUCGAAAACAUUCGAAAGAUAACGACAGUGAUGUAACAGCAGUUUCAGAAAAUGAAAUUUCAACAAUCAAACGAGUAAUUGGAAUUGGAAUAUUGAUAAGUUUAGUCAUAAUAAUUGCUGUUCUCGUUGUUUAUUUCAAAUCACCCAAACCUCCAAAUAAAAUGUGUCGAUAUGCUGUGAAAUUUGAAGCUGAGAAUUUAAUAAAUUAUGAUUCUCAUCCAAAUGGAAUUGCAAUUGCUGAUUUAAAUGAUGAUGGUCUAAAUGAUGUUGUUAUUUCAAACUCUGAUUCGAAUCAGAUUGGAGUUUUUCUUCGCGAGAAUAUUCAGACAUUUUCCAAUCAAAUCGUAUAUUCAACUGGAACUCAUUCUCAUCCGUAUUCACUAACAAUUGCUGAUUUCAAUCAUGAUCAACAAUUCGAUGUUGCUGUCGCAAAUUUCGGUACAAAUAAUAUUGGAAUUUUCCUCGGCAAAGGAAAUGGUUCAUUGACAUUUCAUAAAAUAUUUCCUCUCGGAUCAUCUCGUCCACGAUGGAUCGACAAUGGUGACUUGAAUAAUGAUUCAUUCGUCGACUUAGUUACAGUUAAUUAUGGAACGAAUACUAUUGGAAUACAUUUAGGAGAUGGACAAGGAAAUUUUCAAAAGCAAACUAUUUAUUCCACUGGUUUUGAUUCUGAUUUAUUUUCAUUGAAGAUUAAGGAUCUUAACAACGAUGGAAAUCUUGAUAUUGUUGUAUCGAAUUUCGGAAUUGAUAAUAUCGGUAUUUUUUACGGAUUUGGCGAUGGAAAAUUUACAAAUCAAACGAGUUUGUAUACUGGAUUGAAAUCACAUCCAUAUUCAAUUGUUAUUGAUGAUUUCAAUCAUGAUGAACAUAUGGAUAUUGGUGUCACUCAUUCCGGUACAAACCAAAUUGGUAUUUAUUUAGGUGUUGGUAAUCAAAGUUUCACAAAAGCAACUUUAUAUUCAACUGGAAACAGUUCUUCGCCAUUAUCGAUUGCGACUGGUGAUUUCAAUAAUGACAAUCACCUUGACAUCAUUGUCGGAAAUUACGAAAUUCCAAAUGUCGGUAUUUUUUACGGAGAUGGAACUGGUUCAUUUUCUGAUCAAAUAAUAUUUUACACGAAUAGCAAUUGUAAUCCACAUAUAUUAAUCACAAGUGAUUUUAAUAAUGAUACUCGAUUAGAUAUUGCAAUUGUUAAUUAUGAUUACAAUUAUCUCGAUAUUGUUCUGACACACGCAAAAUAUGCUUAUCGAAACCAACACUCGUACAAAACAGUCGGUGCGAAUUCUCAACCAUAUUCGAUAAUUAGCGCUGAUUUUAACAAUGACAACUAUUUAGAUUUGAUUGUUGGUAAUUAUUGGACUAGUGAUAUAGGCGUUUUUCUUGGAUAUGAUGGUGAAAAGUUUACAAGUCAAAGAACUUUUUCCACUGGUACUGGCUCUGGACCAAGAGGAAUUGCUUAUGGUGAUUUUAAUAAUGAUUCAAAAUUAGAUAUUGUUGUUGCAAAUUAUUAUGUCAAUAAUAUCGCUUUGUUAUUUGGUAAUGCAGAUGGAACAUUUUCAAAUCGAAGAAGUUUCUCAACCGGAUCAAGUUCUAAUCCUUGGACUGUGGCCAUUGGAGAUUUGAAUAAUGAUUCCCAAUCCGAUAUUGUCGUGACUAAUUCUGGUAAAAAUACGAUUGGUAUUUUCAUUAACUAUGGUAAUGGAAAUUUUUCAAAUCAAAGAACAUAUGCAACUGGAAAUAAUUCUCAACCACGUCAUGUCAUUGUCACUGAUGUUAAUAAUGAUCAGAUAUUGGAUAUUCUAGUUGCUAAUUAUGGAACUCGAAAUAUUGGCAUUUUUCUUGGUUAUGGUAAUGCGACUUUUACUGAUCAAACAAUAUAUUCAAUUGGAAAUAACUCUACUCCAUCAUCGUUUGCUUGUGAUGACUUUAAUGGAGAUGGUUUAAUUGAUAUUGGAGUUGUUGAUACUUACAAUAAUCAAUUAGUUCUCUUCUUUGGAUAUAAGGACGGAACUUUUCUCUCAACAAGUAAAUAUUCCACUGGAAGGAAUUCUCAACCAUAUGAUAUAUCUGUUAGUGAUGUUAAUAACGAUAAACAAGUCGAUAUAAUCGUUGCUAAUUACCAAUCAGAUAAUAUUCUCAUAUUUUUUGGAUAUAAUGGUGGAAAUAAUUUUACGAUUCCUGAAAUUUAUUCUACUGGAAGUAACUCAGGACCGUUUGUUCUUAUGAAUAAUGAUUUUAAUAAAGAUGGUCUCGUAGAUAUUGCUGUAGUCAAUUAUGAUUCGAGUAAUGUUGGUAUUUUUAUGGGAUCGACAAAUGGAAGUUUUAAGUAUGAAACAACGUAUUCAACAAGAGGUAGAUCUAUUCCUCAAUCGGUUGCUGUUAAUGAUUUGAAUAAUGAUACUUAUAUGGAUAUCGUUGUUGCAAAUUAUUAUAGUAAUGCUAUUGAUAUUUUCUUCGGAUAUGAGAAUGGAACUUUUUCAAAUCCAAUCAGUUUUUCGACAGGAUCCGGUUCUGCACCGUAUUUUGUGUGUAUUGAAGAUUGCAAUUCCGAUAAGCGAUUAGAUAUUAUUGUUGCAAAUUAUCAAACAAAUAACGUUGGAAUAUUUUUCAAUAAUGGAAAUGGAACGUUUCGAAAUCAAAUGACUUAUUCCACAGGAACCAAAUCGGGACCAUAUUAUAUCGCUGUUAACGAUUUGAAUAACGAUACUUACAUGGACAUUGUCGUUGCCAAUUAUUUAGUGGAUAAUAUUGGUAUUUUUUAUGGUCAAAGUAAUGGUACUUUUUCACAACAAAUGAUUUAUUCAACUGGCGAUAGUUCUGGUCCACAAGUAAUCGUCAUUCGAGAUAUGAAUAAUGACGAUUGUUUGGAUAUUGCUGUUGUUUGUCAAUAUUCAUCGAGUUUGAAUUUGUUUUAUGGUGAUUGCAAUAGUUCAUAUUCUGAUCAAAUUGUUUAUUCGAUUGGUGAUGGUCUGGAACCGAAUAGUUUGGCUCUUCAUGAUCUCAAUAAUGAUUCGUAUUUAGAUGCAGUUCUUACUACUUACUAUGGUCGGGAUGUUCGGAUCUUAUUCGGAUCGAGCGAUGGAACACUUGGAAAUGUGGCGACUUAUUCGACUGGCAGUGCUUCACGGCCACGAUUUUGUAUCAUUGUCGAUUGGAACAACGACAAUUACUUAGAUAUUAUUGUUAGCAAUUGUGAUACUGACAAUAUUGUGCUCUUUACAGGCAAUACGCAUGGAACAUUCUCUCUUGAACAAACUUAUUCAACAGGUAACAACUCAUGUCCAAUAUCAAUGGCAUCCGGUUAUUUCAAUGAUGACGAUCUCAUUGAUAUUGUCGUUGCCAAUUCUGGUACGGAUACAAUAGGUAUUUUCUUUGGAUAUUAUUAUAUGAAUGGAAUACGAGAAAAAACAUAUUCAACUGGAGCAUCAUCUCAAACACGAGCUGUUGCACUUGGUGAUUUCAAUAACGAUACUUAUUUAGAUAUUGUCAUGAUGAAUUACGGAUUGAGUAAUGUUGAUCUUCUUUUAGGAAAUCUCAACUCAACAUUUUCCUCACAAACUACAUUUUCAACUGGUAGUUUAUCCUAUCCAACGUCGCUUCUUGUGAAUGAUCUUGACAAUGAUGGAACGUUGGAUGUUGCGAUUGCAAAUUCCGCUCUUGGAAACGUUCUGAUCUAUUAUGGAUAUACAAACGAUAAUUUCAUAUAUUCGAAAACCUAUUCGACUGGAAUUGGCUCAUCACCACAAGCAUUAGCGAUUGGUGAUUUUAACAAUGAUAAGAAACUUGAUAUUGCAGCUGUUAAUUCUGGUACAAAUGAUGUUUUAACAUUGUUAAAAUCCGAUAUCGGUGCAUUUCGAAAACAAAUCACAUAUUCUACCGGAAUGGGUUCCGCGCCACAGUCAGUAGCCAUUGCUGAUUUCAAUAAAGAUGAUCACAUGGAUUUUGUUGUUGCUAAUACAGAUAGCAGUAGUAUUAGUAUUUUUCUUGGACAAGGAAAUGGCAGUUUUUUUGAUUCAAUAACAUAUUCAACAGGAAAUAAAUCCAACCCAGGAGGAUUGAUGAUAUCUGAUCUAAAUAAUGAUAGUUAUCGCGAUGUGAUUGUUUGUAAUUAUUGGGGUGAUAAUGUCGGUGUGUUCCUUUCGUUUGGUGAUGGGACAUUUAGUAAUCAAAUUACGCGUUCAACUGGUUAUAAUUCAGGACCGAAUGGAGUUACUAUUGGUGACUUUAACAAUGAUAAUCAUUUAGAUAUGGCUGUUAGUCUUGUAGAUUUUAAUCAAAUAAGUAUUCUACACGGAUAUGGUAAUGGCUCAUUUUCUUAUGGAAGAAAUUAUUCAACGGGCGGAGAGUCUGCCCCAUCAGCAAUCGGCGCUGCUGAUCUUAAUCGAGAUAAAUUUCUCGAUAUUAUUGUCGCUAAUUAUGGAACUGCGAACUUGUAUAUUUUUCAAGGAUUUGGAGAUGGAACUUUCGUCCAUAUCGAUAUUUUAUCGCUUGGCACUAAUGCAGCUCCUAAUUCACUUGUUAUUGCUGAUUUUAAUAAAGAUUCCAUAGUCGAUGUAGCUAUUGCUAAUGGUGGCACAGAUAAUAUCCGAAUAUUCUUCGGUAGUGCCAAUGGUACUUUUCUGAAUCAAACAGAUUUGUCAACAGGAAAAGAUUCUGCUCCAUAUGGAAUUGCUGUUGCUGAUUUUAAUAAUGAUAAUCAACUCGACAUAGCUGUUACGAACUAUGGUUAUGGAAACUUUGGAAUUUUUCUUGCAUGUGUUAAUGGUACAUUUUUCAAUCAAAUAACUUAUACAAGUGGAGAUUAUUCUCAACCAUGGUCCAUCGCUGUUGCUGAUUUGGAUAAAGACGGUCGGUUAGAUGUUACUGUUGCCAAUGCGGGUACUGAUAGUGUUGGAGUAUUCUUUGGAUAUGCUCUCGAAGAUUAUCUAAGUGCACCAUCGUACUCAAUCGGAUCAUCUUCACAAGCUACGUCGAUUGCUGUUGGAGAUUUCAAUUAUGAUUCUCAUUUAGAUGUUGUGAUUGCGAAUAAUGUAAUGAAUAAUAUUAUGAUUCUGUUUGGAUCAGGUUAUGGAACAUUUCUUGAUAAACGAAUCUAUUCCACUGGCGAUAGUUCUCGUCCGUGCUCAGUUACUGUUGCUGAUCUUAACCAUGAUCAAAGACUGGAUAUAAUUGUUGCAAAUUCUGGUACAGAUAAUGUUGGAAUAUUUUUUGCAAAUGAAAAUAGAACAUUUGCAGAUCAAAUCACAUAUUUUACUGGUAUUCGUUCUCAACCGAAUUCAGUUGUUGUUUUGGAUUUCAAUAAAGAUACACAUUUGGAUAUUGCUGUGGCCAAUUAUGGUUCAGGUAACAUAAAUAUUUUCUUGGGAUACGGUGAUGGAAAUUUUAAAAAUGAAUUCAUAUUUAAUACUGGUUAUCGUUCAUUUCCAUAUUCACUUACCAUUGGUGAUAUAAAUAAAGAUAAUUUCACGGAUAUUGUUGCAACAAAUAAUGGCUUUGGAAAUAUUGAUAUUAUUAUGAGAACUUGUUGA